UUAAGGAUCGAGAGAACCACCUUCUAUCAGAUGGGCAAAAAGUUGACUAAAUUUACCUUCCUGCAAAACAUUAAGUUCAUGUUGUUCUGCCAGAAAGUAGAGAUUAAGAAAGGGGAUGUCCUCUGGCUGCCCACAUGUGGUUUCCAUCGUGAUCCUAAGUACUUUGAGAACCCCAAGAAGUUUCAUUCGAUACAAUACGACGAUACGAUUCAACCAAACACAUACUUUCCCUUCGGUUUGGGUCCACGAAACUGCAUUGCUUCCCGUUGCGCUCUUUUUGAAGCUAAGGCCGUCAUCUAUUACCUUCUGAAGGAAUUCCGUUUGGCCCCAGCCAAGAAAUCCUGCAUUCCAAUGAAGCUGGACAGUUCAGGGUUUCAGUUGUCGCCCAAAAAUGGAUUUUGGAUCGAACUGAUUCAGAGAAACUAAUCUUCAAUAUAUUUACAAAGUAAAUAAUCAAUUUUGGUAAUUGUUGUGUAUUAAAGAAAUUGACAUUAAUAUUUAAGUUUAUAUUACAUUUAUGAUUUCCAUGAACUAAGAAACUCUUGAGCGAAAUAUCAAGUAUAAUUGUUAAAUUUGACAUUUGCCUUGAUUUAGUUUUUGUAUAAAUUGAAGCUUUCAAGUUUCAUACAGAAAAUAGUAGCUUUAUUCUCUUUUUUUAACAAUUAAAUAAA